AUGGGUCGUGAGAUUUUAGAUUUGUCCGCGGAGAUUGGGGACAUACGUCUAACUUUUUGUAUCAUGGUUCUGGACAAGCAAACGUACCGUGACGUCGGCAAUCGGGGCAUGUGCAGGGGAAUUCGCGGAGGACGUGGAGGCCGUGAUCCAGGCGGGGCGUCCCGCCGGAGAUCUCCACAACCACCGUCCGGCGAUGAAGACGGCGAGGAUACCAUCUCGGAGGUUUUCGUGGAAGGCGACGAUCGAGGCGACGAUAAAGGCACACACCAGGAGGCUACUUUCGCCGGCGGAUAUCGUGCCCGACACGAUUGGGGACUUGAUUGCGAAUAUGGUCAAUGGGAGGGCCCGUUUCGCGUGGACAUCCCCGAUUUAGAUGGGGAGCAACAUGACAGACCAUUGUACGAUGGUCCGCCGAUUUUCGAUGAGGAGCCUCAAGGGCCGGGGGAAGAAUUGGAUGUAAAAUAUUUUGCCUAUGAUGGUGAGAAAAGCUUAUUCACUGUGACCCUGCUACCUCAUAACAAGCUUGAGUUUACCUUUGUGCUUGACAGUGUGACGUCUAAUAUCAUUUUGAGGCAGCAUGGGACAAAUCAGGGUUGUUUGCUUGUUCGUCCUUCCUUUUUCCACAAUGACCCACAUAACUUUGCUGAUGUUGGAGGUAGAGUUCUUGGAGGCCGAGGUUUUCAUUCCAGCUUGAACAUUAAUGUAUCCACGACUAUUAUUAUUCAGCCUGGGCCUGUAGAUGAUUUUCUGGUUGCUAAUCAGAAUGUAACAGAUCCCUUCUCUGUUGAUUGGGCAAAGGCCAGGGUGGAGACUAGUCCCACCUACCAAGAGCACAAAAUCACUGAAUUACGUGAGAAAAGUUGCAGAGAUCAGACGUUCACAUUAAAGGAAACGUCGGGCUAUUCCUGUCAUGAGGACGUCUCCAACGGGGACGGGUCAGAUUCGAGGGCGAAUCCUGCUCAACCGGGGGAGAAUGGUGUAGAAUAA